AUUGAUUGAGAGUAUCAUAGGAUAAAAAGGGAUACACAACUGGUAUUGCGUUAUUAUCAAUUGAGGUCGUUUCGCUGUCUACAAUCUAAAUUGUGCAACAGAAUGUCGCGAACAAAAAUCAUCUGUUUCCUUUGCUGCUCUAUUAUAAUGAUGAACAUUGCAAUAACAGCUUGUCAAGCCACAACGUCAGUGCCACCAAUAUGUGAAAACACUAUUUUAGAUGAAAUGCCCCAACGGAUAAGAAAAGUGUGCGCAGCUCUAGAAAAUUCGAAUCAGUUCGCAGAGGCGCUCAACGCAUAUAUUCGAAAAGAAGCAGCAGGUGUUCGGCAAGGGAGAGCUGAAUGCGCUCCUGUAUCAGGGAGAAGAUUUACUAGCGCCCAGCAGUAAUGGAAAACGAACUGAUGUGGACCAUGUGUUUUUACGAUUUGGACGGAGACGCUAAUUGUAUCCCAUGAUGCAAUUCCAGCUGAUUGAGUAGUUUAUUCUUCAUGGUUCAGAAACAAAUUUGAUUUUGUUUGAUCAAAGUGGAUGAUUUCGAUUUUAUGAUUGGAUACAUUUAAUUAGUAUAUUUCUAUACCUUGUGACCAUUUUGAAUAUGUGAUGUGUAAAUUUAAAAGACAAUUAUUCCAUAGGAUAUAAUAAGAGGCCCCCAGUGUUAUUUUGCUUUAUAAUUAAAAAUGGUUUAAUAUAUGUAUAUUCCAUUCCCGAAUAAUGCUAUGAAAAUAUCAACUUCAAUGCAAUAAAUAUCAAAA